CAAAGGAUCAAUUUAUUUCGAUCAUCUAUUGCUUCCUUUUUGCUUCCUUUUUGACGAUGACCAUCUCAAAUCGGCAAAGAUGAGCUCGUCAAUAUUCAGCUUGAUCGAUUGGCAUGUACCUGUACCGAUAUUCACACCUACAUGGACAAUAUCAACCUCAGCUCGACUUACAUUCAUUUAUGUUGGGAGUUUGUACGUUUCCACGGCAACCCGUAUCGGUCAAGCUAAGUCCAAAGAUGGUGUCCUAUUAAACAAAGAUGAUGCAGUAGUAGUCAAAAGUAGACUUAGAGUCGCAUCGGUGGUCUCUUUGGUAGCUCUUGGGUCCACUUCAGAAAUGAUACGCAGGACAGCUUAUCCAACUCAAUCUAUCUUUUUCGGUACUUUGGCAUCUUUACGAUUGAUCGGGAUCCCUCUGCCAAUCCCUAGCUUUUUACACAACAACAGCUUGCCGUUUCAACCAUCUUUGGUAGAGUACUCUUCGCAACAUAUCAUCCCUGCCAUCACGCUUCCGCUAUUGCUCACUUCGACACUAUUCGCAGGCCCUCUGCUGGCAGCAGGUCUCGAUGGAACACUACUUGGUCAACGUCACACACCUUCGCUAAAAGCAGCUCUCAAAGAAAAAUUGGGAAACGUUUGGGGCAUAAGGAAUUAUCUGAUCGGACCUUUAACGGAAGAAAUCGUUUUUAGAGGAUGCAUCGUAUCGCUGCAUGCUCUAGCAGAUUUACCAAAAAGCAUCUUAAUCUUUGCAACACCUCUAUACUUUGGAGUUGCUCAUCUACAUCACGCAUACGAAGGUUACGUCAAAGGAGGCAGAACUAGAUCGGCAUUAAAGCGUGCAUGUUUGAUUUCUACAAUACAAUUUGCCUAUACUUCCAUGUUUGGUUGGUAUGCAAACUUUUUAUUCCUACGCACAAAUACUUUAUUGGCUCCACUUGUCAGCCAUAUAUUCUGCAAUAUUAUGGGCUUACCUGAUCCAAUCGAAGCUGUUCGCAUUCAUCCUCAUCGUAAAUGGUCGAUCUAUGGCGCAUACGUGGCGGGAAUCGUUGGUUUCGCACUUUCCAUCAUGCCCUUCACCAAGCCUAGCUUGUUUGGUGGCUCGUGGUAUUGGCAGUAGAAUGUCUUGUAGUGCUCUAUACCUCUCUGCAAUUAAUUGCUUGUACUUUCUUUGAAUUGCUUUGUUCUCACUUUGUCUGUUUGACCGAAAGGAUGUACUUCAUAUCAUCAAUCGCAUCACGUAAUCGAACAGAGUCACGCAAUAACCUCUUUGCUUGAAUUUGCUCUUCAAGAGAAGAAUCUUCCCAUUUCUUCAACAAUUCAACUUUCUCGCCCG